CAUUAACGAGGUACGUAAUGCGCCGUAGAAGAAGAAGCAUCGCAUCAAAAACCUGAAGCUGAUCUCUGUAAAGUCCGUAGCAAAGCGCACCUCCGGUGGAACAGAACAGCGAACCAUGAAGAAUGAAGGCAUAGAGGGGUCGGAGCGGUUCGUUCACCCGGACAGGGGCCGAGGACUGCGGGCAUUGAGGCACUUCGCGGUGGGGGAGCUGGUCUUCGCCUGCCCAGCUUACUCGUACGUGCUGACCGAGAGCGAGCGAGGAACGCACUGCGAGCACUGUUUCACCAGAAGAGAAGACCUUUCUAAAUGUGGAAAAUGUAAGCAGGCCUACUAUUGCAACAUUGACUGCCAGAGAGGCGAUUGGCCCAUGCACAAGCUGGAGUGCGUCGCCAUGUGUGCCUAUGGGGAGAACUGGUGUCCCUCAGAGACGGUCAGACUGGUGGCCAGAAUCGUCAUGAAACAGAAAGUCACAACAGACCGCACUCCUUCAGAAAGACUACUUCUGCUCAAAGAGUUUGAAGCACAUCUCGACAAAAUGGACAGUGAGAAGGAUGAAAUGAACCAAACGGACAUUGCCGCCCUGCACCACUUUUACGCCCACCACAUCAGCAACAUCCCCGAUGACAUGGCACUCACUGAGCUCUUUGCACAAGUUAAUUGCAACGGUUUCACAAUAGAGGAUGAGGAGCUCUCACAUUUGGGAUCAGCUGUUUUUCCAGACGUAGCACUGAUGAACCACAGCUGCAGUCCAAAUGUCAUUGUGACAUACAAAGGCACAGUGGCAGAAGUAAGAGCUGUGAAGGAGAUCAGCCCUGGAGAAGAGGUCUUUAACAGUUACAUCGACUUGCUUUACCCUACAGAAGACCGCAAGGAAAGGUUAUUAGAAUCGUACUUCUUCACAUGCCAGUGUGCAGAGUGCACAACCAAGUCAAAGGAUAAAGAGAAGACGGAAAUCCGGAAGCGGAGUUCCGGAGCACCUGAGCCAGAGGAAAUCCGAGCCAUGGUCCGAUACGCCAAGAAUGUCAUCGAGGAAUUCAGGAGAGCAAAACAUUAUAAGAGCCCGAGCGAGCUGCUGGAAAUGUGUGAACUCAGUCAGGAGAAGAUGGGCACCAUAUUUGCAGAGACAAAUGUCUACAUGCUGCACAUGAUGUAUCAAGCCAUGGGCGUCUGCCUCUACAUGCAGGACUGGGACGGAGCCAUGAACUACGGGGAGAAAAUCAUACAGCCAUACAGUGUGCACUAUCCGGCUUACUCUCUGAAUGUGGCAUCCAUGUAUCUGAAGCUGGGUCGCUUGUAUUUGGGCCUGGAGAAGAAGACACAAGGAGUCAAAGCUCUGAAGAAGGCACUGGCCAUCAUGGAGGUGGCUCAUGGGAAAGAUCACCAUUAUGUUGCAGAAGUCAAACGGGAGAUUGAGGAGCAGAAAUAAAAAGCAAAGGGAAUCAAUAACCAAGGAGAGGAAAGCACACACACUGACUACAUGGCAUGGGCCUUUUUUUUUUCCAUCUUCUUUGACUUGCUUCAGAAGCGAUUUGCUGCCAUCUCUUCAAAUUUUUGCUGAAGAUGAGUACAAGCACUUUCAUCAGCCAUCUUGUCACUGGCAUACUUAAAAGGAAAAUUAUUUCCAAAGAGUUCAGUUUUUUGUGGUCUGUUGUGGGGCAUUUCUUUGACUUUAUAUCGGCAUCAUUUUUAACAAGAGGAUUUUGACUCUACCUUGCAAAAUGCCUUCCGGACAAAACAGAUGUCUUGGUUGGUGUUUCUUAUGUCUUUAAAUUCUCGUUUGUAAUUUAAUCUAAAGACUGAGCGUCCAUCAUCAGGGACUCUGUAGCAACAAAAGAAAAUUGUCAUGGGUCAGUGAGUUUUUGGUUUGUGUCUGUCAUGUUUGCUUUAGCUUUAAAAAAAAAAAAGACCUGCAUGCUUUAAUUUGUUGUUGUUGCUUGUAUGAGGCUUGUUGACCAAAAACACUACGGGCUUCAGUGAACUGUCCUGUUCUGAGUGGACAUUCAUCAAACACAUUUAGGUACAUCUGCUCAAAGCGAUGGCAGGAAACACUUCCAAAUACAUAUUUUACAAUUAAUCCCGCUUUGACGUCAAUCAAAACUGAGCUUUAUGUUUGUAAUGUCAGAAUUUCUAAUACGUUCUGGGGAAUUCCUUGAAUGAAUAUUUACAGUACCGGUAGUUGAACAAUACAGUACAGUACAAAAUGUGUGAAAUAUCUGCUAGCCUGAUGCUACCAAAACCAUCUGUUUAAGCAAGUUUGUCAAGCCCAACAAAUUGUAUUUAUUUAUUUUUCUCCUCUAAAUAUUUAAGAAGUUGAGUAUUUGACCAGAAUGUCAUUGUGUUGUAGUCAACUACUGUUUGCAAACGUUUUAACAAUUGAGUUGAAUUAUUGGCUCGUCAUGGAAUGUUGCUGCUCAAUUCUUAAACUUUGAAUGAGUUAUUUUGGAAAUCUUUUCUGAGACUGCGUUACAAAGACUAUAUCACUUCUACUGCGUUUUAAAAUGCAGGGUUCAUGUUAAAACAAGAUGAUGUCAUUUGUGGCAAACUUCAGUUUUAUGUCAGUAGUUUGAUGGAUCUUAAUCAUGCAAUGCCAGCAUGUAUCUGUAGCGUUUCCACUUUUCUUCUUUCAAUCAUGGGUCCAGCUUACCUCUCAUGAGUUGUCUCACAAUCGGUAGCAACUUCUGCACACAGAUGACAUCGGCUCUGGUCUGUAAAAUCGGGUUCAUGACAUGAUGAGCUGUGCAACUGCAUUGCAGAGUUACAUUUAAGGGCUGUCGGUGAUUCAGCAUAAUUGAGAUAAAUGCGCCUCUUUCUCAGUGAUGUCAUAAAACAAGACUAAACGUGUGGCACACGUUAAAAAAGCCCAAUCAAUGCACUGUAAAUUCUGCAUGAGCAAAAGCAUUUUGGUUGCAUUUAACAAACUGUUAGUUUGUCAGGCAUGGAUGGUUGUAGUACUUGUGGAAUGCACAUUCAAAUCUCUCUCUGUACUCUUGUCAGUGAAUUCGAAUAAAUGGCAUUAUGGUCCUCAAUUACAA